AAUGCGCGAGCCCCUGCAUUGUCAGAUUCAGCUGGAGACAGCGAAAGGUUUCAGUCUUUCUUUAAUUACUGCUUGGGAUAAAAUAUUCAAAAUAAAAUAUUUAUAGGCUGCAUUUAUAUCGAUUUGGAUCACCAGCUAUAAUCGCGGAAAUGCAGGCUUUGGGACACUGCGGUUUGUGCGUGUCGAGGGGAUUUUUUCAGAGCCGGACCAACUUCCUGCUGACGCGAGCCAACAUGGCUGCCAUCCGUCAAGCUGCAGCGUGUUUUCAUUUAGUCAGAGCCACAGCCAGUGGGAUUUUCAUGAACAGAAAACCAGUACUGCGGCUUCUGCGCCUCUCAGAAAUGAUGCAGGCAAACGUUAUGUCCUUCAGUGUGUGCAGUGGACUGUCCACUGUUCCCUUCCUACAGCAGGCAGAAAACCUCUCGCAUGAGUCUUUGAUUCGACGGGCAUCCUGCUUGGUCACAGACAGCGCCAAUACCUACCUUUCCCAAACCACCAUGGCUCUUGUAGAUGCCCUCACACUUUAUACGAAGGCUUUGCACACCCUCAUCGCUCUACAAAAGCGCUAUUUGGCAUCAAUUGGAAAACUCACUCCUGCUGAGGAAGACAGCAUUUGGCAAGUGCUCAUUGGCCAACGAGUGGAGGUUGGAGACAGGCUGGAUGACUGUAAACGCUUUGAAUCAAACUGGAUGAAUGCUAUCAGCCUCUGUGAAAUGUCAGCAGAGGCUGCCUACAAUGCAGGAGCAGAACAUGCAUCCAAUGCAUUAAAGAGCAGUGUGGAAGCAGCACAGUCUAAGGUAGAGGAAAUGAGAAAACUGCAGCUGGCAGCACAGAAGAGUCUGGCUGAAAUGAAAGCCGAAGAGAUUCAGAGAAUGGCUGAGUAUGCAUCAAGCAUCAACAUACAGGAUCUGGAGGAUGUUCCAGAGGCGUACCUCCGUGAGGACUGAGAAAGCACAUAAUGAUUGAGAAAUAAUGAUUAUUAUUAUUGUUUUUUUUUUUUUUUUUGGUGAACAACUGAUUUAAGUUAUUGUCUAGCAUCAGUGCAAGCACAGAGCCUUUCAGCUGUGAAAAUAUAGUACAGCUGAGAACCAGCGAUUUAUUAUUAUUUAUAUUUGUUUUGGGUUAGAAUAUGAAAUGGAUUGGAAUAUAAUUUCAAGGCAUUGAAUUACAGACUAAUUUUGUUAAUGCAUAAGUUGCAUUAUGGGUAUUCAUUUUAAUAUCUUCCUACCAUGCUUUGCUGUCAUCUUGUUAAAAGUGGUGCUAUAAUAUCUAUAUUGUUUUUGGAAAAGAAAUGCAUGUCAUAGCUUAUAAUUACAUCUUACAUAUUUCUCAAAUGGAAGCCAUCAAAUUGACCGGAUGAUGUACACUAAUCUGCGAUUCUUUCGAAAAUGUACGUAUUGCUGCUUUAUUUUAUGUAAAUAAAAACUUAUUUUUUUAUAAAUGCA